AUGUGCACGCAACAAGCUGGGAAACUAGAAAUUGCCUUCAAAUAUCUCUCUUGUACAGCAUUUGACAUGAAGCAGAAAAUUAUUAAUAAAACAGCUGUAAUUAACCAUCGAGACCCAAUGAAAAGAUUCAAUGAUGCACCACCAGAUAAUAUAUUUGAAGAUAUAAAUAAAAUCUUUGCAACAAUUCUUACUGCCACUAUAACAGAAACUAAUAAAUUAAUGUACGUAAUUGGUGUAGCCACUGUAAUUCUCGAAAUGCUGGGUAUAAAAUCAAGAAUAAUAGUGGAAUUCGGAAAAGGAUUCUGGAAAACAGGAUCAAAUCAUUAUAAAAAGAAGUUAGCCAGUUGA